GUCCUUUAUAAUUUUUAUAACCUAAGAAAAGUCUACAUGUGUGUUGUUUUAAUAAAAGUUAUUAAAAAUUUCAUUUAUUAAAGGAAUAUUCGGCUUAUCUUUUGUGACAAUGGGUCGCAGAAAACCAGGCUUUAGAAAAAAUCAUUAUUUUACUCACCAACGAAACAGGGACAAUACUAAGCCCCAAAAUAGUACAGAGAGGAAACCUUACACAACUAUCGUAAGAGAGAAUGAGAAAUUCGUACAGUAUUAUGAGACGCAGAAUGUAUGUAGCACCAAGGAAGAGUUCGAUAAUUUCAUAUCAGUUAUGAAAACAGAUCUACCAUCGACUUUCAGGAUUACCGGCUCUAAAGGAGUGGCUAGAAAGAUGCUUGAGCUUGUUGAAGAUCAGCUUAUCAAAGAUUGUGUCCAACAAGAAGGUUCCGAAAAGCCUCCAAACAUAUUUGCCCUUCCAUGGUAUCCAGAAAAAUUAGCUUGGCAGUUAGAAUUAACCAGGAAAGACAUAAGAAGCUGCGAAGCUUAUUACAAACUGCACAAUUUCCUGAUUUCUGAAACAGAACAUGGCACUAUUUCUAGACAAGAAACCGUUAGUAUGAUUCCUCCUUUAGUCCUGGAUGUUCAGCCACAUCAUAAGAUUUUGGACAUGUGUGCAGCUCCAGGCUCUAAAACAGCUCAACUCUUGGAACUGCUUCAUAAAAAUGACGAUGCAAUUCCAUCAGGUUACGUAGUUGCUAACGAUGUGGAUAAUAAGAGAUGCUACAUGCUGGUACAUCAAGCAAAAAGGUUGAAUUCUCCUUGUGUUGCUGUCAUUAAUCAUGACAGUGCCAUGUUGCCUAAUAUGUUUGAGACUUUAGCAGAUGGAUCAAGUCAACAGAUUCAGUUUGACAGAAUAUUAUGUGAUGUUCCAUGUUCUGGUGACGGUACACUGAGAAAGAAUCCAGAUAUUUGGACGAAAUGGACACCAGCCAAUGCUUUGAACCUUCAUGGAAUUCAGUACAGAAUUUUGAGAAGAGGUGCAGAACUGUUGACUAUAGGUGGAAGAAUAGUGUAUUCAACCUGUUCAAUCAAUCCUGUUGAAAAUGAAGCUGUUAUUCACAGACUGUUAGCUGAUAGUGAUGGUGCAUUGGAACUACUUGAUGUUAGUAGUUCUUUGCCUGGACUAGUCUAUUCUAAAGGAAUGGAGUACUGGCAAGUUUCAAGCAGGAACCUUGAAUUUUAUAAUAGUUUUGAGGAAGUAGAUGAAAAAUGGAGGACUACAAUAAGACCUCAGAUGUUUCCUCCUGAUCAAGAAGUUAAAGAGAAAUUUAAUCUAAACAGAUGUAUCAGAAUUUUGCCACAUCAGCAAAAUACUGGAGCAUUUUUUGUGGCAGUUUUACAGAAAGUUAAAGCUUUUACAGCUAAAGAGAAGAAGUUUGAGAAUGAAAAACAGGAAUCUGAUAAUGAAUCUAAGAAGAGAGAUUUUGAUGAAAGAUUACCUGAAAAUCAGAGAAAACGUAGACGUAAAGACGUUUACAGAGAAGAUCCCUACGUUUUCUUCAAAGAAGAUGAGCCUGUAUGGAAAGAUAUCCAGUCUUUCUACAACAUUUCUGACAAAUUUGAGGCUCAAUGUCUAUUGACACGUUGUCAUGAAGGAAAAAAGAAGAAUAUUUAUCUGACGUCAUCAGGAAUUCGCGAUUUAGUCGUGACAAAUCAGUCUAAUAUCAAAUUCAUCAACACUGGAGUCAAGGCUUUUGUCAGAUGCGACAAUAAGAAUAUGAAAUGUGCAUUUAGAAUAGCAAACGACGGCCUAGAAAGCAUAUACCCGUACAUAGGCGAAUCCAGAAAAGUCAACAUACCCAAAGAAGAUUUAAUGGCCUUGCUGACAAAUAACGAUCCUCAGCAUUCGCCGGCCAUCACAAGCCUGUCAGAAUCGAUACAGGAACAAGUCAAAGAUUUGAGUCCGGGAAGUUGUAUUUUGAUUUAUACUGAAGAAGUGAAGGGCAGUAGUGAUCCUAUGGUUAUCCACAUCAGUGGAUGGAGGGGUACUACCUCUUUGAGGUGUUACACCACUCAGCAUAGUACUGUGCAUCUUUUGAGGCUCUUGGGAGGCGAUAUAUCGAAAUAUGAAGUUAGUAAAUUUAAAAAAGCUGAAGAAGAUUCAAAGCCUGAAGAAACGGAAGCUGUUAAAGAAGAUGAAGCAAAGGAGGUUGAAAAUUAAAACUCUUAAAAAGCCACGCUGCACUUGGUACACUGCAAAAACCGUUCUUUUUGCUCGCAUUCAGAUACCAAGUGUUCAGUUAAUCCUGCCACUUCCACCACCUGACUGCACAGCUUGCACCUGACCAGCAUGGGGCAGGACCUCCAGUAAUGUGAGUUCAUUGAGUUGCUCAUGAGCAAAAUCGUUUUUUCUGACUGGUUGCAGAAGAUACAGUGUCUGAAAAAUAUAUUGUUCUUAAAAGUAAAGUGUUAAAAUAUUAAUAUUUUGGUUAAAAUAAAUUAAAUGUUUUAUACAGUUAGUUACAGAUGUAAUUUAAUAAAGAUAUGCUAUGGGAUACCUAAAAA